AUGCUUGGCACCGUUGUUGAUUCAGCAACGUCUGCAGACUUUGCGACUGGCGGAAAUACUGUGGCUUUCACCCAUCCCCAAUACCUUAUCUCUCCAACAGAACUGGCUAGUAAGCUGGGUAACGACGAUUUGCGUCUUUUUGAUGUGGCUAUUCAUCUGGUACCCAACCCCAAAGGCGGAUACAAAGCAGAUUCGGGUCAACAGACUUAUGACGAAGGGCAUGUGCCUGGGGCUGCUUUCAUUAACCAAGUGACCCAGUUGUCCGACCGUAGCAGUUCGCUGGGCUUCACCCGCCUCGAAGAUGAUCUGCUGAUCAAAGGUUUUGCCGACGCCGGUAUUACUGCAGACAGCGACGUAGUUUUUUACUCCAGUGGCAUGACCAUGUGGGCCACCCGGGCCUGGUGGUUGCUGCACUAUUGCGGGCAUAAACGUGUUGCGAUCCUUGAUGGCGGACUGCGCGCCUGGAAAAAAGCCGGGAUGGAGUGUUCAACCGAGACGAGUACCUAUGCAGCCCAGAGCUGGUCGUCGACAACGUUACCUCACCGGUUUGUGAAUCAGGACGAGGUUGUGGCAGCGAUGGACAAUGUCGGCAUAUGCACAGUCAACGCACUGUCUCCCGAAGUCUACGCGGGUACCGGCGAUCAUCACUAUGGGCGCCGUGGGCACAUCCCCAACAGUAUUAAUGUAUUUUACGACUCUCUAUUGGAUGACGGUGCCUUUCGUGCACCUCAUGAAGUCAAACAGUCACUUUCUGAAGCUGGAAUGUUGGAUGACAAACCAGUCAUUGCAUAUUGUGGUGGUGGUAUAUCAGCAACCAUAGAUGCCUUUGCCUGUCUUCUGUUUGGUAAAGAAGACGUUGCUGUUUAUGACGGCUCCAUGAGCGAGUGGGUGAAAGAUGAAUCGCUGCCAUUGGUUGAAGAUUUGAAACUCAUCAGUGACGACAUCCUGAUUGAUUCGGGACAGCAGCGUCCGACUCAAGAGGCCAUCUAUCCAACCUUUGAAGGGUUCAAGUUCUGGGAUCCUUCCGCCUGGACAAGUGGUCAUCCAUUUGAUCUUUAUAAGCGGAUGCGUGAGGACGCACCGGUGAUGUGGUCACCGGCGGAGAAGGGCAUGUCGGGGUUCUGGUCUGUCACCCGAUACGACGACAUCAAAGAGGUAGAGCUCGCUCAUAAGGUUUUUUCUUCGCAACGGGGCAGCAUCAACAUGGCGGUUCCCGAUCGAAAAAACUGGCGACCCAAAAAGCUGGUACCAGCAGCCUACAAUUCCCUGAUCAAUCUUGAUGAGCCGCUGCAUCGGGAAAUGCGCAUGCAACAGAGCGAUUUCUUUUUCCCGGCUUACGUGGCGACGCUUCGAGACAAAGUAGGUGUAAGAAUUGACCAGCUGCUCGACGAAUUGGAGAGAAAAGGCCCUGUUGUAGAUUUUGUAAAGCUGUUCUCAGAAGAGCUUCCGCUGUACACGCUUUGUGAAAUGCUGGGUAUUGAUGAAGAGGAUCGACCCAAGGUCAAAGUAUGGAUGCACCAUCUCGAGCUGGCUGCGCAAUUCAUAUCCAACCCCUGGCAGACGUUUUUAUCUGAGCCGAUGUUUCCGUUUCGAUUCAAUCCGGUGGUGAAUGAUAUGUUUGCCUAUGGCGAGCGGGUUAUGGCUGAUCGUCGACUGAACCCGCGUGAGGACCUUUUAACGGUGAUCGCGCAAUCCAAGUUGAACGAUGAAUUGCUCCCACAGGAGUUUCUGGACGGCUCCUGGUUGCUGAUCAUUUUUGCCGGUAACGAUACGUCCCGGAAUUCGCUGUCUGGCACGAUUCGGUUGUUGACGGAGUUUCCAGAUCAGCGCGCAAUAGUAUUGGAUGAUCCCUCACUCAUUCCGCAGAUGUCUGAAGAGGCAUUACGAAUGGUGUCACCGGUCAUGCAUAUGCGGCGUACGGCGGUUGAAGAUACGGAACUGAACGGGCAGCAAAUAGCCAAGGAUGAAAAACUGGUGCUUUGGUACGGCGCCGCCAAUCGUGAUCCAAGCGUCUUCCCCGAUCCGGAUACGUUCAACCUGCACCGAGACAACGUCGAAAAGCAUAUUGCGUUUGGCCAUGGUGUACACAAAUGUCUCGGAUCUCGCAUCGCAAAGAUGCAGCUGCGGCUUGCCUUUGAACGCAUUCUGGAACGUUUCCCAGACAUUGCCUGGACGGGUAAACAGACCAUCGCACCCAAUCCACUGGUGCAUGCUAUCUCGAGCAUGCAGGUGAACUUGUACGGUCCUAACGGCAAACGUCCAGCACAGGAGAAUGCCACCUACAGCGAUGUAUACGGUGGCGGCGGGGCGACGGUUGGACUCGACUGCCAUCUUAUCAGGCCGGUGGGUCAACCGUCGGAUACGCUCAUCGUAUUCAUGCAUCCGGUUGGCGGUGGCAUGUACCUGCCGAUGGUGAGACAACUGGCUCGACAAGGGCAUCAUGUUUUAUGGGCUAACUCUCGAUAUCGAGGCGCAGAUUAUGCCCUCAUCAUGGAAAAGGUGGCGUGCGACCUGGGUGAAGCUAUUUGUGACGCGCGGGAACGUCUGGGUUACACGAACAUUGUGCUUGCGGGUUGGUCUGGUGGGGGCUCCCUGAUGAUGUGGUAUCAGGCGCUUGCCGAAGCUGGGCAGGGCAUAUCGGAUACCGCCGCGGGCGAUCCGUACACAGUGGAUGCAAAACGUUUACCACCUGCCAAUGCCAUUAUGAUGCUGGCCGCACAUGUCAGCCGACACCGGAUCUUCACCGAGUGGAUUGAUCCUUCCAUAACGGAUGAAUCGCAACCUGAAGUGCGUGAUCGUGACCUUAAUCUGUACGAUCCGGACAAUCCGAAUCAACCGCCGUAUUCUGCAGAAUUCCUCGCCACGUUUGCUGAUGCGCAGAUAGCCCGCAAUCGUCGGAUUACCGCCUGGGUUCGCGACAAACUUGAAGUCAUUCGCGCAUCAGACAGUCCAUGGGGCGAGUUUGCCUUUACUGUACAUGGCACCAUGGCCGAUCCCAGAUGGCUGGAUCCAAGCAUUGAACCCAGUGAUCGACAGCCUGGCACCUGUUACCUCGGUGACCCGAAGAUUGUGAACGAUGGACCGGUGGGGCUGGCGAGAUUCUGUACGCUGCGCAGCUGGCUCAGUCAGUGGAGUAUUGAUGAUGCACGUUGCGAUGCAAUAAUGUCCGGGAGCAAAAUCAGCGUGCCGGUCCUUGUUGUAGGCAAUUCCGCUGAUGAUGCGUGUACACCAAGCCACACAACGCGGCUUUUUGAAGCGGUCACCCACAAGCAGAAACGACUGCAUAUCGUGAAGGGCGCAACGCACUACUAUUCAGGUGCAGAUGGCGCUGAACACCUGGCGGAGGCCAGUGGCGUUAUUGGAGAAUUCCUCGGUGGUUUGUCGCAUCAGGCGUGA